AUGGUAACAAAAGCCAAAGAUGGCCCCAAACUGCCCAAGCAACAGCUGGCGAUUCUGGCCGUCGCCAGGUUCGCCGAACCACUAGCCGCAACGUCCAUCUACCCUUACCUCCCCGAGAUGAUCAAGAGUUUCGGGGUUCCCAAGAACGAGGUGGCGAAAUGGGCCGGCUUCACAGGAUCCAUCUUCUCAGUCGCUCAGAGCAUGUCCGCCGUGCCUUGGGGGAGAGCGUCUGACCGGUUCGGCCGCAAGCCCAUCAUCCUCAUCGGUCUUAUGAGCACCAUGAUCUGCUUCGUUGUAUGGGGUUUGUCCACUAGUCUGACCAUGGCUAUUACUGUUCGGUUUAUCAUGGGAGCGGGUAACGGUAAUGUCGGUAUCCUGCGAACAAUGGUAGCAGAAAUGGUUCCCGAGAAAGAACUCCAACCAAAGGCUUUCUCCCUGAUGCCUCUCGUCUGGUCCAUCGGCAGCGUCUUCGGCCCCGCCUUUGGCGGCUUCUUCGCCCAGCCCGCCGAGCAAUACCCAUCCCUCUUCGGAAACAUCGAGUUCUUCAAGAAAUACCCCUUCGCUUUGCCCAACUUCGUCGCCUGCAUCAUCUUCUUCAUCUCCCUCAUGACCGGCCUCCUUUUCCUCCGCGAAACCCUCGAAAUCGAAUCCGAACCCCCGACCCUUCGCGAGAUCUUCACCCCGCAGACCAUCAUCAACCUAACCUCUUACACCUUCCUGGCCUUACACAGCGUAGCCUUCGACCAAGUCCUGCCUGUCUUCCUCAACUACCCCCACAUCUCGCCCGGUGACCGAACCCCAGAUAACACUCGUCUGCCCUUCAAAUUCACCGGCGGCUUCGGCUUGGGGUCUGACAAGAUUGGCACCAUUUACACGGUGUACGGCAUCGCCUGCGGCGUCGUGCAGUUUUUCUUGUUCCCCUGGUUCUGCGCCCGGUUUGGAGUCCUACGAUGCUACCGCGCCGCUGUCCUCCUGUUCCCCAUCGUCUACUUGUUGACACCUUACACUGCUCUAAUCGAGGAUACGCACAUGCGCUACGUCGCUUUUUUCACACUGUUCUUGAUAAAGGGCGUAGCCGUCAUCAUCGGCUUCCCUUGUACGACGAUCCUACUCACCAACUCUGCUUCCUCGCUACGAAUCUUGGGAACCCUAAACGGGUUCGCGACGACGUUUUCGGGACUGGGAAGGGCGAUUGGACCCGCGGUCGCCGGAGCGGUUUUCACUUGGGGAGUCACGGGACGGGAUUACAUCAUUGCGCCUUGGUGGUUUUUGAGUGCUGUGGCGGCUGUGGGCGCGGUGCCGAGUUGGUGGAUUGUGGAGGGCGAGGGGCCGACGAGGAGUUUGGAGACGGAUUCUUCUGAUUCCGACAGUGAUGAGGAGGAAGAAGAAGAAGAUGUGGUGGAUGAGGGGAGUACGUUGGUGUCAUCCAACUCAAACUCACAGGGGUCGACGAGGGCUGGUUCGGCUGUGGAUGGGGGUUAUGGCACGGUGAAGAGGGAUGCGCAGGAGGCCAGAUGA